AUGGCGGGUUACGACGACGACGACGAAUCGUACGAGCGACGCUCUCAAUCCUACGACGCAAAGAAACGCAAGAGAUCCCGAUCGCCAUCCAGAAAUGGCAACUCUUCCUCCCGACAAGGUGAAAAGCGCGAAGACGGCGGUACCGAUGAGCUCCCGCAGCCAUACAACGCAAAGGAACUCCAGCCCGCGAAGCGACGAGCCGUCUCUCCAUCGGAGCAGCCUCGUAAGCUAAAGAGACCCGGCGCCCGGGCACGCAUCUCUGAAGCCGAACGAGAAGCAAUCCGCCAGCGAGCACUAGAGCGAGAGAGGGAACUUGAGGCACAGGCACAGGCUGCUGCAGAGCGCCAACGUAGCUCCACCAGCAAUGACGUGGUUACGCAACAUUAUAACAGCGUGCCUGAACGAGGCAGGGAUUGGAGACGAACAGACAGCAAGAUCAAGGGACUCCGUGCCUUCAACAACUGGGUCAAAAGUUGCAUCAUCCAGAAGUUCUCGCCAGAUGAGGAUCAUACCCCCGGCUCUCGGGAGCAGGGACUUUCCACUGAGAAGGAGCUACUCGUACUCGACAUUGGGUGUGGAAAGGGAGGUGAUUUGGGCAAGUGGCAGCAGGCGCCGCAGCCAGUGGAGCUCUACGUCGGUCUGGAUCCAGCGGAUAUUAGUAUCGACCAGGCUCGGGAGCGCUAUCGCCAGAUGGGCAGUCGCGGAGGCGGUGGCAGGGGCGGCAGAGGGGGCUACAGACGGCCACCCCCGCGACUUUUCGAAGCUCGAUUCCAUGUCAAGGAUUGUUAUGGCGAAAACAUCGAGGAUAUCGAAAUUCUUAGACAGGUCGGGUUCGACACCAACCCCCUCAGCCGACGAGGAUUCGACGUUGUGAGCAUGAUGUUCUGCAUGCACUACGCGUUCGAGACGGAGCAGAAGGCCCGCACUAUGCUGCGCAACGUUGCCGGUUCGUUGAAGAAGGGGGGUCGUUUGAUUGGAUGCAUUCCCAACUCCGAUGUUCUUGGCGAUCAUGUUCGGAAGUUCAACGAGCAACAGGAAGAGAGGAAGAAGAAGGCUGCCGAGGGGCCGCCUCAGGAGGCCGAGGAAGGCGAGCUGGAAGACGGUGAAGCGGAACAGUCGGCGGAGUGGGGCAACUCCAUCUACCGAGUCCGAUUCCCGGGCAAGACCCCGGCGGAUGGUGUAUUCCGGCCCGCAUUUGGCUGGAAGUACAACUUUUUCCUUGAUGAGGCUGUAGAGGAGGUGCCUGAGUAUGUCGUGCCGUGGGAGGUACUCAGAGCUCUGGCUGAAGAUUACAACCUUGAGCUGCAGUAUCACAAGACGUUCAUGGAGAUCUGGGAGUCGGAAAAAGACGAUGAGACAUUGGGUCCUCUGAGUGAGAGAAUGGGCGUUCGCGAGCGCGGUGGUGGACGCCUUCUGGUCUCACCAGAGGAGUUGGAGGCAGCAAGCUUCUAUACUGCUUUCUGCUUCUAUAAGGUUUGA